AUCGCAUCAAUGUCCAAUUCAAUUCUUCUUCUCUCGAUUCUCACCCUAACAUCGACGUUUAGCUUCGUGAAUUCGAUGAGAUUCGAGCUUCAAUCGGGUCACACUAAGUGCAUUUCAGAGGAUAUUAAGAGCAAUGCUAUGACCGUAGGAAAGUAUAGUGUCGUUAAUCCUAAUGAAGGGUACCCAAUUCCUGAUACUCACAAGAUCACUAUCAAGGUGAGUUCACCUCAUGGGAACAGUAAUCACUAUGGGGAUCAUGUGGAAUCGGGUAAUUUUGCAUUUACUGCAGUAGAGGGCGGUGAUUACACGGCUUGCUUUUGGAUACCGGAUAGUAGGAUGGCCCCAUCAACUGUGACCAUUGAAUUUGAAUGGAGAUCUGGGGUUGCUGCCAAAGACUGGUCUAAGGUUGCCAAGAAAGGGCAGAUUGAAGUAAUGGAAUUUGAGUUGAAGAAGCUGUAUGAUACCGUUUCAUCCAUCCAUGAUGAGAUGUUUUAUCUUCGUGAAAGGGAGGAAGAAAUGCAAGAUCUUAACAAAUCAACCAACUCCAAGAUGUUCACAUUCAGUUUCCUUUCAAUUGCGGUUUGCUUGUCGGUGGCUGGUUUGCAACUAUGGCAUUUGAAGACAUUCUUUGAGAGGAAGAAGCUCCUCUAAGUUCCCUUCUCACGAAAUUCAUUGGAUUUAUUUUUUACGUUUCUUAAUUCUUGUUGGUUGGCUGUUCCUUAUGUACUCAAAUAUAUAUGAUUACUUCAUCUUUCUCUUUUACAAUUAGUUGGUAGAUAUUAGAAACAAUAGUUACAUUUUCAAUGUUCUUUAAUUUAUAAUAAUUUUUUUACAACUUUAAUUUAUAAUAUGAACAAUAGUUAUUCUUUUACA